GUUCAAAGAGGAAACUGCUGAUCUGAGGAGAGGAAAUAGGCACAUGAUGAUAGGCGCUGUGGACAGAAGCAGGAAGCUGAAGAAUGCGUGUGUUCCUAAGCCCCUGUUGUAGGAUUUCACUGGUAUUGCUGGGCUCAAGGUCUGGUUUAAAAAACGGGCUCGGUUUGCAAGCAGUCACCCCGUACCUAAGAAAAAUGUUGCAUUAUCAAACGGAGGAAAGAGGACGGCCGAAUACUCUUGACUACAGGAUCUAUUUUAAAUCCUCAGAGGGAAAAUAUAUCUCGCCUUUCCAUGAUAUUCCACUUUUCGUUGGAGAUGAGCAGGAAAAUGAUGUCCCUUCCAAGAGGGUUAAGAAAAAUGAAAAUGAGACCUUGUUUAAUAUGGUCGUGGAGGUGCCACGCUGGACAAAUGCCAAAAUGGAGAUUGCAACAAAAGACCCGCUGAACCCAAUUAAACAGGACGUAAAGAAAGGAAAACUUCGGUUUGUUGCUAAUAUAUUUCCCCAUAAAGGAUAUAUUUGGAAUUAUGGUGCCCUUCCCCAGACGUGGGAAGACCCAAGUCACACGGACAAAGACACAAAGUGCUGUGGUGACAACGAUCCAAUCGAUGUUUGUGACAUUGGUUCAAAGGUAUGCUCACCAGGAGAGGUGAUUCAGGUGAAGAUAUUGGGCAUUCUAGCUAUGAUUGAUGAAGGUGAGACAGAUUGGAAGAUAAUUGCUAUAAAUGCUGAGGACCCAGAUGCUCCAACCUUAAACAGCAUUGAAGAUGUCCGUAAACAGAGACCUGGUCAUUUGGAAGCAACAGUAGACUGGUUCAGAAGAUACAAGGUGCCUGAUGGGAAGCCAGAAAAUCAGUUUGCUUUUAAUGGACAAUUCCAAAACAAGGACUUUGCAAUAGAGAUAAUUAAGUCCACUCACAAGCACUGGAGGGCACUGGUGCAGAAACAGGCUAAUGGAGGAGCGAUAAAUUGUAAAAAUGUGUCGGUGUGUGACAGCCCUUUUAAAUGCAGCGGAGAUGAAGCUAUCAAAAUAGUUCAUUCGGCCCCAGAAUAUGGAAAAGCAGAACCACUGCCUCCUGAAGUGAAUAAAUGGCAUUUUCUCGCAAAAUGACUCACGAACACAAAUGGAGCCUUUUCCAUUACCUGUUGAUUGAAGCCAAAGAGUUCUGUGAAAAACACAUGUACAGUAUGAGUAUCUAAUGCACAAAAGACUGCCAUGUUUAACAGAAUAAAGACCUGAAACUGAGUGUUUGAAACAUAUUGAAAUUUCUUUCGUGGUUUUUGUAGUAUUCUAUAAACAUCUUUGCACACUAUUUUAUUCCUCUGCAAGUUGAAGUUCAUAAUAAAAUCACUCUUAGUUUAGGAAAUGGUGUAAUCUCAAGUCAACAAAUUGCUUACGUUUAAGUAUAUAUUUUUUAAUGUAUAGACAAUGAAUGAUUCAGUGUAAGAAGUGUUUCUAUCAUUGAAAUAAAUACUUUUAAGCACUUAAAAGAAAGUGCUAGGACCUUAGUGUUAUAUUUUUAAGACAUGCUCUUGAAACCUAGUCAAUUAUCAGUAAAUGUAAUAUUCAGGACAUAUUGGGUUAUUUUAAAUUGUAAAAAAGUAUUAAAAUGCAGUGACAUUUUGUUUGCAAGUCACAAAAAGCUGACUUCUGUCUUUUACAGAAAGAUUUAAAUUUCAAUGAUUUCAUUUUUAAAUAAAAACCAUUGCUACAGAAUAGUGUAUUUUAUAAUCUACAGUCACAAUUUCAGUGUUCGUGAUUAUUAUUCUGGUAAAUAAAGGGAUAUGAUGAUGGACAAACUA